AUUGCCAGAGUGAGUGCUAAUAGUAACAACAAGGCUGAGAGGGCGAGAAGAUAUUUUAGUUGUGAUUAAUUUUUAACUAUGUUGGAAAAUUUUACGAAUUUCAGGUUAUUACGCCAAAUUACUAGACAAAUUCAGUUUAUCCGUUAUAAAAAACGUCCUACACCUGCAAGGAAGAAUAUUUGGGAACCCCCUGCUCCAAGCAAAUACUUUCGCAUCUCACCAAGACCUGUAAUUCCAGUCAAAGAACAAGAAGAACUUAAACAUUUAUAUGAUAUUUACAGGACUCAUUUUAGGGCUUUGAGGCACUUUUUCCAGUGUGAAUAUGAGAAAACAACUAGACUCAGUAUCGCUGUUGCUGAGAAAAUGAAAGAAGAAGUAUCUGAGCAUGCCUACCUCAUGGAACAGAACAAGUUAGAAAAUGAGAGAGUUGCUGAAAUAAGAAAGGCAAGGAGAAAAUGUGAUAUGGCUAAACUUGAUGAUGAACUUUCUCAAGCUGAGCAGAGUUUAAGUCAGCUAAUCCAAGAAGAGAGGAAGAAAUUGGAUGAACUGGUGUUAAAAGAAAAGAAAAUGAAUUCUACAUACAUCACGUCUCAAACACUUGAAACGGCCAUUGAAGAUGCUCUUGAUAACCUGACCACUUACGACUUUGCUAUUGAUCUUAAUGGAGUCAUAUAUAGAGACGAUAAAAAAGAAUCCACUUAUAUAUAGGUGUAUGAGAUACAUGAAAAAAUGUCUACUGUGGUGUAAUAAAACACAGAAAUAGUAUUUUGGUCAAUCAUGUGGCAAUACAAAGAGUUUGUUAACCUCAUGAAUAGAGUUAAUGAUGAACAUAAGAUUAGCAUGAAUCAAAUGUUCAUAUUAUUCAAUUUCAAGGAAAAGUUAUAAAUGUUUCUAAAUUUAUAAUAACAUAAUUCAAAUGGCUUGGUGUGUCCAAUAGACACAUCUAACUUAGACAUAAUUUUGAAAAGAAAGUGUACAAUGUUGUACAGAAUCUUAUAGAUAGAUGAGAGGAAUAAUAAAGUGCUAAUGUGUUUAAUAGUUAUUUUCAGAAUGAAUUUAAAAAAUUUCUUGGCAGCAUCAUAAAAUUGAACCAUGACAGUAGGCUUAUUAAUAUCAUGUCUCUUCACUACAUCACUUGCAGGACAAUUUCAUCUAGAGGGAGAGGAAAGAGGAAAUUAAUAAGUAACUAUGAGGGUGGAAGUAUGAGACCUUGAAAUAUCUCCUUCAAUAAAAAUCAAGUAGUUGAUAUGAGUUUGUCAAGACGAGGUGUCACAUAAAAGGCUUGUUAAAAGUUAUCUCUGUAGAUGUGGGGAAUAGAUUGACUUAUUGGGUAGAAAACUGGCUAGAUGGAAGAAAUUAGAGGGCAGUUAUAAAUGGAGUUCUAUCAGAUUGGACUAAUGUCAUGAGUGGUGUACCUCAAGGCUCAGUAUUAGGACCUUUACCCUUUUUGAUUUACAUGGAUGUCUAUUGUGAAAAAUAAAUGGAAAUGUUUAGUAUGCCAAAUAAAAAAAAGUCUGUAGGUUAACGUAUUUUGUACUUUAAAAAAAUGUAACAAUUAAUUUCCAAAUCAUGCUGAACAACCUGAAGUUGUAGACAUAGUGCUGUUCACUUGCUUACUGAUCUUCCAUCAUGAGACAUAAUACUUACUUAUUUUUGUUCAAGGGUCCUUAGAAAAAAUUGUUUAAAAUAGUGUGUAUAAAGAAACUGAAGGUUUUUAAAGAGGUUAAAAAUUAGACAUGUGAGCCACUUGUUUUUAUUUUUAUAAGACCUUGAACAGAAGGCAGGUGCUAGAAGAUUGGAAGUUGGGGAGGUGAUAAGAAUUGUCCCAGUAACUAUAGAUCUAUUAGUUUUACAUUAGUUGUGGGAAGAGUUUUGGAAAGUCUGAUAAAAGAUGCUUUGCAAAGUCAUUUAACAAAGAUUAUAAUUUUAUUUGAUAGUCAACAUUGUUUCACUAAGGGAAAAUCUUGCCUUAUAAAUCUUUUGACAUCUUUGAAAACGUUACUGCUUAUGUAGAUGAGGGUACAGGUGUAUCUGAAUUUUCAGAAAGCAUCUGACAAGGUACCAUGUAUAAGGCUUGUUAAAAAAGUUAUCUCUGAAGGUGUGGGGGGACAGGUUGGCUUAUUGGAUAGGAAACUGGCUAGCUGGAAGAAAGCAGAGGGUUGUUAUAAAUGGAAUUCAAUCAAGUUGGAGUAAUUUCACGAUUGGGGUACCUCAUGGCUCAGUGUUAGGACCUUUGCUCUUUUUGAUUUACCUCAAUGACAGAGAUGAAGAAAUGGCCAACAGAUUAUUUGAAUUUGCUGAUAACAUUAGAAUUAAAGUUUUGGGUGUUGCUGGCUGUGAGGAGGAUUAUUUGGUGAGUUGUGUAAAUAAAUGGCAGAUGGCUUUUAAUUAUAAUAAAUGCAAGGUAAUGUAUGUGGAAUAUCACAAUUUAAAUUAUGGGUAUAUUUUUGAUGGACUUGGUCGAUUUGACUGAGUUUGUGAUCCCAAAUUGACAUUUAAAGCUUCCAUGCUAUCAAUUUUAAUAUGUUUUAUGUAUCUUCAUGAAAUUUCUCAAGCUUUCAGAAACAUGACAAACCUUUUUAGACAAAAAAUGAGAAUCUUUAAUUAAGAGCUUGUACAAAAAUUUCUCCGUGAAUAUAUGGAGUUGAUGUGUUGACUGCUAUUAAGUGCAAAGUGAUUUUCAUGUUAAGAUUAAAAAAUAUAUCUUCAUCUGAAAAUUUUCAAAUUUCAUUUGCAUAAUCUCUUAAAAACUCUUAAAUAAAUAUGAAACAUUUUUUUUUCAGUAAAACUAUAUUUUAUUGGUUAUUUUCUCUAACUUAACUUUAUUCAUUUAGUCAGCUUGACCAACCUCAUAACCACCAUAAAAAUAUGAAAUAAAUCUAAAUUACCCAUUUUUCUGUCUAGAAUGAUUGCAAAUUGUAACAGGAAACUACAGUUGUUUAUUCUAAAUAGCUGUAAGCUUGUAAUAGUAUACAUCUAUAUCUACUUACAUUUUAAUGUUUUAUUGUCCUUUGAACAAGUUGGAAAUCACAAGGUGAAUGUGUAGCUUACAUUACAGUAUUAAAUUAUGUAACACACCAACUG